AAUAAAUGUACUAGCAAUAACACAAUUUCACUUAACUUUCCCAUUAAAAAAUCAACUACACUUGAAAUACCUUAUUUGAACUCGAUACAACACAAUUAUUAUUAAUUUGGAAUUCUAUGUUUUAUUAUAUUAAUUAAUUGGAAUGAAAAUUUAGACGUCAUUAAAGCGACGUGUAGUGUACAAUCAGCUGACAGUUUGUUUUGAGGCUGAAAUUAACCGUAAAAAAUUGAUUGAGAACUGAAAAUGGCUCUCAGGUUACCAUUAGUUGUUAUUUUGGGGGCUACUGGUUCGGGAAAAACUAAGUUGUCCCUCGAAUUAGCCCGGAAAUUCAAAGGAGAGAUAAUAAGUGCAGACUCAAUGCAGGUGUACAAAGGUCUCGAUAUUAUAACAGCGAAAGCUACGAAAGAAGAACAAAGUGUGGCCCUACACCAUCUUAUUGAUAUUCUGGAGCCCCAUGAGAGUUUCACCGUAGUGGAGUACCGAAAUAGCGCUUUGAAAAUUAUUGAUAAUUUAAUAAAGCGAAAUAAAUUACCCAUCAUCGUUGGUGGAACUAAUUAUUAUAUAGAGUCCCUCUUGUGGAAAAUUUUAAUUGAAGAACCCGGAGACCAUGUAAAAGCGCCCCCAUCUCGAUAUCUCGACCAUGAAUUACCCAGCGAGGAAUUGCACAAAAAACUGAAACUUCUCGACCCCGAAAUGGCCCGGAGACUCCACCCCAACAACAAACGCAAGAUUUUAAGGUCUUUGGAAGUUUUACACCAGAAGGGCAAACAACACAGCCGGAUUCUAGACGAGCAACGGAGCGCCGAAGGGGCCUCGGCCACAGGGGGCCCUCUGAGAUUCCCUAACGCCGUGAUCCUCAAACUAGACUGCGAAAAAGAAAUACUCGACCAAAGAUUGAACCAACGAGUCGAUAAAAUGAUAGAAGACGGCCUCCUACACGAAUUGGCCAACUUCCAUAAACAAUACAACGAAAGUCGCAUAAAAAAUUCCGAAAUUCCAGACUAUACGAAAGGUGUUUUCCAAUCUAUUGGUUUCAAAGAGUUUCAUUCAUACCUCACAUUGCCCGAAGACGAAAAAAACACCGAAAAAGGCCACCAAGAGUUGGCCAAAUGUAUAGAACAAUUGAAACUAGUGACGAGAAGAUACGCCAAAAAACAAAACAAAUGGACAAGAAAUCGGUUUCUCGGACGACGCGAUAGAGAAGUGCCCCCUAUGUACGGUUUAGACGUGAGCGACUUGAGUAAAUGGGAGGAGAAAGUCACUCAGCCUGCGAUCGAAAUAAUCCAGAGUUUUAUAAAUGGGAGUGAGUGUAACCACUUGCCACUUCCUAUGGAACCUGUUGCGACCUCGGUGCCUAACUCCUUGGACAACACUCAUUUUUGUGAUGUUUGUGAUCGAAUUUUCGUUGGUGAGGUUCAGUGGAAGGAGCAUUUGGGGUCAAAUCGUCACAGGAAAAGGUUGUUGAAAUUGAAAUAAAUGAGUUUUUUUUUUAUAAAGCAAUGUAAUUCGUAACUUAAAGGAACUAGAAUAGUGGUGGUUGGCACCACUGAUAAAAACUAUAAGACUAAUUAUUACAACCAAUGAUUACAAGUAGUUAUUUAUAAGUACAAAUAACGAAAUUAAAAGUAAUGUGGUUAUUACUUGUAAACAUUUGCGUCACCACAAAAGGGUCAUAAGUUAGAGAAUUGCCCUGUGUCACACUGAAAGAAAAAAACUCGGUGUCUUGUGACACUUUUAAAAUAUAUAUUUGGUCAACAGCGAGGUUUACAUCACAGGUACU